AUGUCUCAGCCCGAUAUUAAUCAGCAGCCCGCGCCAUCGAGCGACCACCAGGCGCCCAUCCAACAGCCCUCAAGUUCUGGCUUCCGUAUUCCAUUGCAUUCGUCCGCUACUACCUUCCCACCGCAGGAUCUUACUGGACCACCCCCAUGCUAUGAUAUUGACGGAUCCCCAAUGUACUUUGGUUCCGCCAUCUUCGAUAAAUCCGUCCAUCCAUGCAAGAUCGGGCCCUAUCUACGUGACCCUUGCUCAGUCCCCUUGGGAGGUCGCGAGGUAGCCCAUAAUGGGCGUUACGAUCUACUCCCGUUCGAUCCCGAUACCAUGGAAUUUGUAACCACGUCUUACGGAUUCAUCCCGGCUGGCAGGAGGCCGGUUGAAGGCGGCUACGAGGAGGAUCGGAUACCGCUGUACCAUGGCGUGGCCAUGUUCAAUAAUAUUAGAAUACCAGGGAAGACGAGCAUUCGCUUGGCCGGAUGUAACGUAACUUUCAAUGGCGGUGAGCACGUUGUUAAAACCAACUAUGAAAUCUUGUGCUGGAAGUAA